GUCGUGAGAGACGCAAAGCAACCGUUUCCCGCCAUACUCUUCGCAGAGCAGACUGAGCGAGAUGACGCUAAAACUAAAACUAAAGCCCUCUCUUCUUCCUCCGGUCAAUCUCCCCUGCCUUCCUCCCCGAUUUCUUCGGGUUUCCGGCGGGGUGGAUUCUCUCGAUAUCUAGGUUUUCUCCUCAAAAUCUUCGCAGGAUCACUGAGGUUGCAUCGAUAAUGGACGACUCCGGGGGUUUUGGGGAAACCCUAAACCAGCCCAGGGCGGGGAUUAUCACCAGAAUCCGGCUGGAGAACUUCAUGUGCCAUAGUAACCUCGAGAUCGAGCUCGGGGAGUGGGUCAACUUCAUAACCGGUCAAAAUGGAAGUGGAAAGAGUGCUAUUCUUACUGCUUUAUGUGUUGCAUUUGGAUGUCGAGCUAAAGGGACUCAAAGGGCUUCUACUUUGAAGGAUUUUAUAAAAAAUGGUUGCAGUUCUGCUGUCAUUCAGAUUGAGCUAAAAAAUCGUGGAGAAGAUGCCUUUAAGCCAGACAUAUACGGUGAUACCAUAAUGAUUGAACGGCGGAUUUCCGAAUCUACCAGUACAACCAUAUUGAAGGAUUGCAAUGGAAAGAAGAUCGCCAGCCGAAAAGAGGAGCUUCGCGAGCUGGUUGAACAUUUUAAUAUCGACGUAGAGAACCCAUGCGUUAUAAUGACCCAAGACAAAAGUAGGGAGUUUUUGCAUUCUGGAAAUAGCAAGGAAAAAUUCAAGUUCUUUUACAAGGCUUCACUGCUUCAGCAAGUGGAUGAGCUACUAGAAAAUAUCAGUCAGCAUUUGGUCUCUGCGGAUGCGCUGAUUGGGGAAUUAGAGGCCACAAUAGGACCUAUACUGAAAGAACUCGAUCAGUUGCAGGGAAAGAUUAAAAAUAUGGAACGUCUAGAAGAAAUCUCUCAACAGUUGCAACAACUUAAGAAGAAGCUUGCAUGGUCAUGGGUCUAUGAUGUAGACAGAGAAUUACAGGAACAGGUUACAAAGAUUGAUAAGCUGAAACUUCGUGUACCUGCAUGUCAAGCUAAAAUUGAUGAGCAAUUGAAUAUCCUGGAAAACUUAAGGGAAUGCUUUACUGAGAAGAAAACUGAAGUCGAGAAUUUGAUGGAGAGGACGCUUGAAGUGAAGAGAACGAAGGGUGAAUUACAGGAUCUUCUGACCUUGGCCAAAAAAGAGAGAAACGAACUAGCUCAGGAGCAUGAUCGUGAAGCCAACAAAAUCCAGAAAAUGAAGAAGCGUGUGCACUCACUUCAAGAACAAAUUCAGGAAAUGCAGGAACUACAGCUAAAAAACACACAGGAUGAGGAGUUCGAGAUAAAAGCAAAAAUUUCUGAACUUCAAAAUGAGAUCGAGGAAGCAAAUGAGAUGCUUAAUAGGAUGAAGGAAGAAGAGAAUAGCUUGUCCGAAAAAGUUAAUGUGGGAAUGAAUGAAUUUCAGCAGAUUGCUAAUGAGGUCGAUGACCUUGAGAAGAAGCAUUAUGAGACUGUCUCUCGCAUUCGUGAGCUCAAACAACAUCAAACCAAUAAGGUGACAGCAUUUGGGGGAGACAGAGUAAUCCAUCUUUUACGUGUUAUUGAAAGAUUUCAGGGUAGUUUUGGAAGGCCGCCAAUUGGUCCAAUUGGUUCUCAUUUGAGUUUGGUCAAUGGUGAUAUGUGGGCUCCCGCUGUUGAAAAUGCCCUUGGAAAGUUACUGAAUGCUUUUAUAGUUGCAAGCCAUAAAGAUUCUCUUGUUCUGAGAAAGUGCGCAAAGGAAGCAAAUUAUAACCAUCUCCCCAUUAUCAUAUAUGAUUUCUCAAGACCACGGCUGAAUAUCCCUCGGCACAUGCUUCCACGGACUGAUCAUCCAACGGCUCUCUCAGUUUUACAAUCAGAGAAUGUCACAGUGCUUAAUGUCUUGGUGGAUAUGGGAAAUAUCGAGAGGCAGGUGCUUGUUAGAGAUUAUGACGUGGGGAAAACAGUUGCUUUUAACCCAAGUAUCUCUAAUGUGAAGGAGGUUUUCACCCUUGAUGGAUAUAAAAUGUUCUCCCGAAAUGGUGUCGAGACAAUUCUUCCUCCAAUCAGGAAUCGUAGAAGUGGUCGUCUUUGCAGUUCUUUUGACGAUCAAAUUGCAGAUUUGGAAAAAGAAGCUAGACGAGCAACAGAGCUAGCUGGGAAGCAGAAGAUGAGGAAAAGAGAAGCAGAUGCUACACUCAAUAAUCUUCGAAAUAAUCUUCACAAUUUAAAGAGGAGAUGCUUGACUUCAGAACGGGAUUUGGCAUCUAAGAAACUAGCUCUAGAAGACCUAAAGAAAUCCUAUAUAGCCGAAGCUAGCUCACCCAUUUCAACCGUUGACGAGCUGCAUCAAGAAAUAUCAAGGAUUAAAGAUGAGAUACAAGAAAAGGAAACAGAGCUGGAGCAACUGAAAAUUGGAAGGGAUGAAGCAGAUGCGAAGGCUCGUGCUCUUAGAUUAUCAUUUGAGGAUUUAUGUGAAUCAGCAAAUGGGGAAAUAGAUGCCCUUGGGAGGGCAGAAGCAGAACUUAUGAAGAUUGAAGAAAAAAUCGAGUCUGCAGAAGCGGAGAAGGCUUAUUAUGAAAAAUUAAUGGGCAAUAAGGUCCUCAAUGAUAUCAAAGUGGCAGAGGAGCAAUAUUGUAAGCUUGAACGUGAUAGGAAGGAGAAUUUUGACAAGGCUUCACUAAUAUGUCCUGAGAGUGAAAUCAAAUCUCUUGGAGAAUGGGAUGGAAGUACUCCGGAGCAGCUCAGUGCUCAAGUGAGUAGGCUUGACCAAAGGCUUCAAGAUGAAAGUCGACAAUGUUCUGAAUCCAUAGAUGACCUCAGAAUGAUGUAUAAAAAAAAGCAACGGAAAGUUUCAAGAAAGCAGGAAAUGUACAAAGUUUUUCGAGAGAAAUUGAAGGCCUGUUGGAGAGCCCUUAACUCGAGACAGGAAAAGUUUGAAGAAAGUCGGAGAUACUUGAAAAAUCAAUUGAUUAGAGAGUUUAACAGCCAUUUAAACAAGAAAGGAUUUAGCGGUGGAAUUAAAAUUAGUUUCAAGGAAAAGACCCUUUCAGUGGAGGUGAAGAUGCCCCAGGAUGCAUCAAGGGACGGUGUACGUGACACUAGAGGGCUUUCAGGUGGAGAGCGAUCCUUUUCAACGUUGUGCUUUUCACUAGCCCUACAUGGGAUGACGGUAGCACCAUUUCGAGCAAUGGAUGAAUUCGAUGUGUUCAUGGAUGCAGUUAGUCGGAAAAUCAGCUUGAAUACUCUCGUCGAAUUUGCCUUAGCUCAAGGGUCUCAGUGGAUUUUCAUAACACCGCAUGAUAUUAGUAUGGUCAAACCCGAGGACAGGGUGAAGAAGCAGCAGAUGGCAGCUCCUCGAUCUUGAACUCAUCGUCACUCUCUGGCUUUUUCUUAAUCUUUGGCUUCGGCUUCUCUGAUUCGUUUAGGAAUGAAAGUGCUACAUAUAUAACUAUUAUUCAAUCCUUCCUGCCAUCUUUUGAGACUUACAUGGCUCUCUCUAUAUGUAUUUUGACUGAAACGAGAACAUCACUGAACAAGUGUAUAUAUUUCUUCUGCUGCAGUAGUGUCGGAUUUUCUUCAUA